AUUAGGUACAUGAAGCCAGACUUUGAGAGGUGGGGGACAAGUAUUGUUGGUGGCAAGUAUUUGCACAUGCGUUGUGUUGCUCACAUCCUAAACUUAAUUGUGAAUGAGGGAUUAGAUGAGAUUGGCAUGUCCGUGAGACGAGUAAGAGAAGCCGUCAAAUGGAUAAAGGCAUCACCAUCUAGAGCGGAUAAGUUUAGAGGUUAUGUGGAGGCCUUGAAGAUUGCUUGCAGCAAGUCUUUGACUUUGGAUGUGCCGACGAGAUGGAACUCUACAUAUUUGAUGCUCGAGUCUGCUGUGCCAUAUGUUGAGGUCUUCAAUCUACAUGUGAAUGUAGUUAAGGAAUUUGUACAUGAUUUGAAUCAAAAGAAGUACAAAGACAUGACAAUUGGAGUUCCUGACAGCAAUGAUUGGGCUAAAGUGAGGAUGAUUUGUGAUUAUUUGGGCAGAUUUUAUGAUUUGACACUUCUCGUCUCAGGUACCACAUAUGUCUCUGCCCAUUUGUUUUUCAAGGAAAUGUGCUCUAUCUUUGAGUUCAUUACUCAGUUACAGAGGGACACCGAUACUGAGAUUAGGGCCAUGGCCAAUGAGAUGAAGGACAAGCUUGGAAAGUAUUGGUUGGAAACUGAUGAGAUGAACCCAAGAAUGAACAAGUUGUUCCACAUUGCUGCAUUGUUGGAUCCGAGACAGAAGAUAACACAUGUGGAAAAGUGCUUGAAGAAAGUUUAUGCUCCGCAACGAGCAAUUGAAUUGUUGGGGGAGGUGCGCAACUCAUUGAAUGAGUUGUUUGAGUAUUACAAGAAACAACUUGCUUCAACUGAUGAAGCACUUGCGAAUGCACCUACUUCGGUUCAAAUUGAACCUCGAGUUAGUAGUGCUCGAAGUCAUGUUGAUGUUAUUUCUGAUGAUAGUGAAGAUGAAGAUUCAGGCGAUAUGUAAGAGAUUACUGUGUACUUUGCU